UCUGGCAGGCUCUGGAGAUCUCUUCCUACACAUGAUGGUCCUCGGUGCAGUGAGUGCAGCUCUGGGGCGACUGUUUCCAAAUACUCGCUCUGUCUCCAUCUGCUGGAAAGAGCUGCUGGACGCGACUCGUAUCCGGGAUACACUGAGUUCAGAUGCAUAAAGGAGACACAACCAAAACAGCGGAUCGAGGCCCCAGUGUUUUUUUUUUUUUUUUUUUUAAAUCUUCCUCCAAAUAUAUUUGGUUCAUUUUGAUGGUCGGAAUCUGGGAGAAAUGAGGGCUUGUGUCCUGCAUCCACCUUUCGGAUUUGGACAUAUCGCUGAAUUUGUUCCACACCGCAGUCAGUGAAAGCAGCAGCAUCCAGGAGCCAGAGUUGCCCCUCCACCACCACCCCGUGAAACCGUCACGGCGCCGAGGACAGAAGCGCAUGGAAACAUGGCUGCUAUGAGGACUUUAACCGUGGCGGGGCUGUUUUUGGCGUUCUGCGCGCUGGGACUGAUAGCCGUGGCGAUAAGCACCGACAGCUGGUACGAGACGGACGCCAGGCGGCACCGGGAGCGCUGCAAGAAUUACUCCAACAAAAGAAACGACCCGGGCUACAUCUACAUCUCCAACAACAACCUCCCGCUCCGCAUGCUGCCGAGGGAGAAACACGCAGAGAGGAAGGGCGAUAUUCUGCUGCGGGCCAAGAGGCACUUCUUGCCUCCCGCCUCGGCCAUGGAGUCCCUCUGCAGUCGGCACUUCAACUCCACCAUCACCGGGCUGUGGAGAAAGUGCCACCGGGAAGGAUUCGACCUGGAGACGGAGGAUUUAAUCUUUAAAGGAUUGGUUCCGCGCUGCACACCCAUAAAAUACUACUACUCUUCUGCAGCGCUGCCUAGAAACCUGCCAAUAAAUCUGACGAAGACUAUCAGGCAGGAUGAAUGGCACGCACUCCACCUCCAGAGGAUGACUGCCAGUUUCAUCGGCAUGGCCAUAUCCAUCAUCCUCUUCGGCUGGAUCAUAGGCGUGCUGGGCUGCUGUCAGGAGCAUGAUCUGAUGCAGUAUGUGGCUGGACUCCUCUUCCUCAUGGGAGGGACAUGCUGCAUAAUCUCCCUCUGCACAUGCGUGGCUGGGAUCAACUUUGAACUGUCCCGCUAUCCCCGCUACAUGUUUGGUAUACCAGAGGAUAUCAGUCACGGCUACGGCUGGUCCAUGUUUUGCGCUUGGGGUGGACUGGGCCUCACAUUGCUGGCAGGCUUCCUGUGCACGCUGGCUCCUUCCCUCUACCCCCCACACACCCCUGUGGCUCACAAGCCCAGACCGGAGAACGGCUGCGUGUGACGAGCCGUGACCACCCAAACAGACGCCUGUCUCAUCCUGAAACAGUUUCUGAGCCUCGCUGCGCAGACGGUUUCAUCCGGGGUCACUGAGCGCCUUCAGGCAGAGAAAAAGCACAGGCUCCCAGACAGAACAAAAUGACAAAGAGAUGACAUUUGCCUGAAGCUUAGUUCCUCUGGUGCUUUUUUCAGAACAAACUCUUAUGUGUCAUUGCUUGCUUUACAAGAGAGGGACAUCAUCAUUUCUUCCUAUAAAUUCUGCUAGAUUGAGAAGAAGAAUAACAGAAAAAGAAAAACUGGCAGAAACUCAAUAGCAGAACUUUGAAACAAACUGUAUUGAAGAGAAAAUUAUUGAUGUGCAUCAUCACAUUUCAAAGGGCAACUGUGUAUCAUUAUGUACCCAUUCAAAACUAUAAAUAUGUACAUGUACUUUUUGAACUGUAUGUAUGCAGAUGCAUUUGUGUUUAUUCAAGGAAAAAUAUGAGCAUUAAGACCAAACAGUGUUUGAGGGAAAUGUUUUGUUUGUUCUCGAGGUCUUACCUUCAUCAAGAUAUUUUUGGAAAAAAUAAAACAGCCAUUCAAAACUAAUAAACUGACAUAUAAAUGU